GCUGUCCUCGGUCGGACACUUUCGUUAUCUAACUAAUAAUAAAAAGUACCCCGAUUGCUCAUUAUUGUAGCUAGUAUAGAUAGGCCUACUGGUAUAAGUAUUAAGUUGACACCUGAACUGAGAAGAACUGAAUCAAAACUCGGGUCGCUUGAGGAUAAAAAAUGUCAUUGACUGUGAUUCUUGCAACUGUACAGAUGUGCAUCUGAAGAAGUCUUCUACCACAGACAUGAACAUGGAAUGUUUCAUCGAAGAUUUGAUUGGUAAAGAUAACUUUUUAGAGGAUGUCGUUCAGGUCACAAGUUUGUUUAAAGCACCACCAUCAUUGGCUUAUGCUGAUGGAAAUUCAAAUACAAUUCACAUUCUUCCAAACCCUGGAAAACUCUCUUUACAAAGAUUUCAAGAAAAGUAUGCACAUUUAUGUGUUGAAGAUGCAUCUCGCCUUAAAAUCUUUUUUGUAAUGACUGAUCAGGAACAUACCACAUUCUUUAAUAAUGAAAAUGAAAACAGCAUGGAUGGCAGCAAACUAUUACGUAAUCUUUUCUGUACUGACAGAGCUCAAGUAAGGUUGAAAUAUUCUGACUUGGUCAAAAGAACCCACAAAAGUGUUGAUCCUCUGUCAGAGUGUCCUCACCAAGACCUACAACAAAACGAAAAUACUUCAAAUGUUGUUCCACUUUCAUCCCUUUGUUUGGUGCCUGAAUCAAGAGAGCAAGCCUCGGUUGUAAACCAGUUGUCUGGUGACUUUUCAAUGAGCAGAAAGCAAGAGCAGUUCAGUGGCAGCUUACAAAAUACUUCAUUUAGAAUAACAGUUUUAUUAUCAGUGGAAAUAAAUGUUGUUACUAGGCGUGUAGAGAGACUAGAAAGGUCUAUCGAUAAAAUAAGUUCUGAUGUUGAUUGUAGUCUAGUCAAACCACAGAACAAAGAAUUUGAUGCAGAUACCGGUCCACUUGUAAGUAAACUUACAAGAGAUGCAGUUAAAGAUGAACGGAAAACCAGUGAGAAGGAAGAGAAAACUUGUGGAGCAAUAAAGAGGAAAGACACACGUAGCAGUAGACUUAUAAAUGAUGUACAUGGGCAGAAUGCUGAACAGGAUCAGUGUAUUGUGCAUAUUAAUGAGACGGCAACCCAGCACACUAAAGCUAAGGGCAACAAUCAUCCUCUUUCAAAAGCAGGAAGAGCAAAAGAUACUUUGAUGAAACUUUUACCUUUGUCAGUUAUGGAAAAGACAAGACGAAAUGCAAAUAUUUCAUCUUCUUAUGAACAACAGCAACUAUUGCGGGAAAUUAUGGAUUUUCCAGAGAAAAGCAUUCAUUUUACAUACAUCAUUGUUUGUCCUUUGUAUAACACAGGCUUUUUCUCAAGAGCACAGUUGCAACAACAGGCGCAAGAACAGCAACAAGAACAGCAAGCUGAGGAACAGCCUGGUACAGCAGGAGGGUGCAGAACACCCCCCAGGCAUCAACAGCAAGAAGCACAACAGCAGGCUGAGGAACAGCCUAGAUAUCCCAUACAGUGCACAGAGGGGUCAGAAAUACAGGACAGGGAAUCGAGAAACUAUGACGUAGUCACCUCAACACGGCCUGUGUUUUCCGACAGGGACUUUGCAAUCGCCACAAAUACCCCACUCACUGUAACCCCCACACUCAAUCUUCCGUACGCCCAGGAGAGGGACCUUCUGGACAGGGUCCAGGGGCAGAGCCAGUACGGCACAGCAGGAGGGGGCAGAACAACCCCAAGGCACCCCCAGUGCCAGGACCAGAUGCCAAGACAAAGGUCAUUUACUCACUGGCCUGCAACAGCCCAUCAGGCACCGGCACGUAUGGUCGUGUACGGACUCUUUUAUACAGGUCAACAAGACCUUGUUCGAUGCUACCAUUGUGGUAUUGGUCUAAUGGACUGGAGUGAUGGGGACGAACCAUUGUUUGAACACAUCAGACAUUCUCCUAACUGUCUGUUCCUGAGGCAGUUAGGAGAACAGCUUCUUAACACAUAUAGGAUUCUGCUCCUGAGGAAGUUGUUAGGAGGACAUCUUCUCAACACAUACAGGGAAAAUCUUGCAGAGGCUCAGAGGAACAAUGAAACAGGCAGAUCACAAGGGAGUGAGCCUCACCCAGCUCAGCAGCUUACAAGAAGAGUGGCGCACACUGGAAUGACCACCCUGGCCCAGCGGUUGGGUACAUUUAAUGAAUGGCCGCAGUCCACCGGUCAGCAACCAGAAGCACUUGCAAAUGCUGGCCUUUUCUUCACAGGUAUCAAUGACAUGGUGCAGGUCGCUGCCAGGCAGGCACAGCUGGAGGAAGAGAUGGUAAAAUCCUGCCUGAAGACAUAUGUAGAAGCUGGUAAUGAGGCUGGCAGGGUUACCAGCUACAAGGUGUGGAAGAAGGAAUCUAUUCGAGGGCUGCCCGACCCAGACUUCCAGAACACAGACACUCUAAUUGAGGACAUUACGAAUGUCUACGAUGACAGAAACACUGACGGACACUUCGAUGACAGGAACACUGACGGACACUACGACGACAGGAACACUGACAGACACUAUGAUGACAGGAACACUGAUGGACACUUUAAUGACAGGAACACUGACAGACACUACGAUGACAGGAACACUGACGGACACUACGAUGACAGGAACACUGAUGGACACUAUGAUGACAGGAACAAUGACGGACUCUAUGCUGAAAGGAACACUGACGGACACUAUGAUGACAGGAACUACAAUGACAGGUUCCCCAACUGCAGCAUUGUUCGCGAGAUGUUGCAAGCGGCUGCUCAGCAGGAACAGUUAGAGGAAGAGGAGUCUGUUGUUGUUCCAGGCCAAGCCAACCUGGACAUGCAGAACACGGACCCGAUUGAGAGGGAUGCUGCCAAAGCUGUGCUUGAAAUGGGCUACUCGAGGGCCGCAGUCCGCCUGGCAAUCCAUGAGUUCAACGGACGCAAUCCCAGCCAAAGAACGCUGAGGUUCACAGCAGAUGAGCUUGUUAAGAUUCUAGCUGGCCGACAGGAGAGGGGAGAGCCGAUACCAGAUGAUGAUACUGAUCCAGAGGAGCAGGGGGCGUUUGGUGGUGCUGCCAUGAACCUCCCAGAAUCUGACCCUAUAGAAGAGAAUAAGCGUCUUAAAGGGAUCCUGAACUGUUUCCAGUGUAAAGAAAAUAACUGUAAUAUUCUACUGUUGCCGUGCACACACCAUUGUUUGUGCGAGCCGUGCGCAGAAAACAUCACCAAUUGUCCGGUGUGCGGAAGGAAGGUGGAGGAGAGAGUGAGAACCCGCGACUCGGGUGCAGAGGACCUUACUCAAUCUGCUAGUGCAAAUCUGCGAAGAUCUAAGAGAACACUUACCGCUCGACGACUCGAGGAAUCCUUCGGAAACUCAGAUGACUCCGAUCAUGACCUGGACUCUACCGCAGGAUACGGAAACCCAGUCGCUCCUAAACGACCUCGGAAAGAUGAUGGCCGAUCCAUGAGGGCUCAGCUACAGGCCAAGGACGAUGCUAUACAGCUGCUGGAGAUCAAGUACGAUGCCACCAUUCGGGAGCUGGAGAACUUUUAG